AUGACAGUGGAUGCUGGUACUUCGUCAAUAAUAGUGACUGAAAAAGAUGACACACAGAAUGAUACAACACUUGAAACUCAAAUUAAUGACGUAAGUGCAUCCCGAAAGAAAUCAGUGUUAAGUAAUAAUGACGAAAAUUUGAAAUCUAAUAUAGAAGAUGACGAUGAAGUGGUAAUAAGGAAAGAGGAAAAUAUUAAUUUAGAAUCUUCACCUCCAAAUUACGUCGAAUUCAAUAAGGCUGGGCCAAGUGAGAAAAUUGAAUCUUUAAUUGUAAGAACAAAUGCGUCUUAUAUGACCAAUCAGUGUAUAGACAAAAGUACACAAACAGAAUGGUCUUCUGUUUUGCUGGAAGCAAAGCGUCACGAAGAUGGCCACUAUUCGUUUCAUUUACCGCCUUUGUCUGUGCUGAAAUACUACUUUUGGUGA